UUAGAAACAUUUCGUGACCGGAAAUGUUUUAUUAUUGUUGCUGACGAGACGCUGAUAAAGAUUUGUUACUUAUUAUUCUCAGACGGGGUAGCUACAAACAACGACAUAGAAACCAUCGUGGUGAAAAUAAGGUUCCCCCCCAAGAUCACAGGUCCAUCUGAAAAGAGCCAGGUUGAGAGAAUAGAAGGAAAGGAGAUUAAAAUGGAGGUGGAAGAGGCAACUAAGUCUGAAGAAGUGGAUGUGGCUGGCAGCGAAGAGAAGUCAGAUGAAGCUUUGUCUAAUGGUAGCCACACAACCCCUAAGAGAAGCAGGGGUAGGCCCCCAAAAAACAGACUCGUCUCUGAAUCAGAUCAAGCCUUAUCCAACGGUAGCUCCACAACACCUAAGAGGGAACGGGGUAGGCCCAAAAGAUCAGUCACCGAGAAGGGAAGAGGUAGGCCAAGUGGAGCCUUGUCUAAUAGUAGCACCACAACACCUAAAAAAGAUCAGCCAAAAGGAUCAACCUCCAGGUUAGGUGCUAGCUGCAUAACACCUAAGAGGGGAAGGGCCAAAGGAUCCGUGUUCACAAAACCCAAGAUGCUGAAGGUUAUAGGCAAGCCGUCGCCAGGCCAACCCAGUAAAGUGGUUGACCCCUCCCCUAAGAAGUGUGGCCGGCCCUUUAAAGUUAAAUCAAAAAGGGGUAGACCAAAGAAGAUCCUAACACCCGAGGAAGAAGAGGAGAGAAAGAAACUGGAAAGUCAGCCAAGAGUGUUGAAGCCACUUGGAAGGCCACGCAUCCAUCCCCGCAAUGACCCACCAGUCACUGAGCCUCGAGGAAGAGGCCGCCCAUGCAAGUCUGAGGACAAAAGGGGUGCUCACUUGCGGAAACCCCCCAAUCCCAAACCCCCCGUCUAUGAUGGUCCCCCACGGAAAAGGGGCCGUCCCCCUAGUGCAGCAAACAAAGAUAAGAUCGAGGCAGAGCAAGAUGAGGCCAACAGUGAACCUCCAGUCAAACGAUUCUGCAACUCCAACGAAAAAAGCGAGGAAGGAUUUCCUCCAGUCGAAGAGGACAGUGAAACGGGAAAGGUGAACUGAGGAAAGUGAAACCAGAAAGCGGAAUGGAGGAAAGCGGAUGAAUAUACAGAAGACACCAAGAAGCCAGUUUACCCCCAGUGACUGCAGUAGCUUUCUUGGGGCCAUAAGCAGGAUGUUUGGCGACAGCCCGACCAGAGCAAGUACUCCCCACUUCAUAGCUGCCCUGUUUUUUUUGUGGUGGGGGGGGUUCCAGUAUAAUUGCUGAUAUGAGCUCAUCUGAUAAUGCAGUUUUAUAUUGGGGUGAUCUCAGUUAUGAAUAUAGAUAAUGUACUUUCGCUUGUCUGAUUGCAUUCUUCACCUUUAUGGGGUUAAAAUGGUUAGCCUUAUUGUUGACCUGGACCAUGCAACUUCCAAUUCUUUCUCUGCAUUGUUGGGAAGGGCCCACAAGUAAGCAUUUCACUGUUAGUCUACGCCUGUUUAUGAAGCGUGUGACAAAUACAUUUGAUUUGCACCCAACAUCUCUCAAAUUUCUACAUUAAAAUGUACAGUUUCACAACUUGAGGGUUUUUUUCACCAAUUGAAUCCUUGUAGUUUGCUUAUCAAUGUUACUCCUCAGAUCAUUUUAUGAUUUAGACUUAAGUAGUUUUUUUUUUGUUGACUGUCAGUCCUGAUCACUAGGCCUACUUUGACAUAACCAGUGGAGUAACAUUUAAAACAGGACAGCUUAUGAGAGAUUUUUAGAUUUUAGUCUCUUUUCAAUAAUGAUUUUCUUUUGACAUUUUAAUGUGUUCAUUGUCAUAAAAUCUGGUUGAUUACAAAAAUGUUAUCGUUGUGGAUGACUUGGUUUCACAGACCCUGGACAAAUGUUAUACACGUUUAUGUAGACUACAUGUAUUGGGCUAUAUCAUGAACUCUUGACCAUUUGAAAUUUGAGUAUAAAUGCAUUCCUUUAUGUAUCCACCUGUCAAUUUAAACUCUGCCACUGACUGACUGCAUUAUACAGUGGCAAGAAAGUAUGUGAACCCUUUGGAAUUACCUGGAUUUCUGCAUAAAUUGGUCAUAAAAUGUGAUCUGAUCUUCAUCCAACAAUAGACUGCUUAAAACACAAUUUCUCAUGACUUUAUUUUCACACACCAUGUAAACAUUCACAGUGCAGGGUGGGAAAAGUAUGUGAACCCUUGGAUUUAAUAACUGGUUGACUCCUUUGGCAGCAAUAACCUCGACCAAACGGUUUCUGUAGUUGUGGAUCAGACCUGCACAACGGUCAGGAGGAAUUAUGGAUCAUUCCUCUUUAAACUGUUUAAGUUCAGCAAUAUUCUUGGGUGUGAACCGCUCUUGAGAUCAUGGCACAGCAUCUCAAUCGGGUUGAGGUCAGGGUGUAUUUUUUUCUGUUUAAACAAUUCUGUUGAUUUACUUGUUUUGGGUCAUUGUCCUUUUGCAUUACCCAACUUCUGUUGGCAGACAGCCUUUACAUUCUCUGUCAAAAUGUCCAACUUGGGAAUACAUUUUUCCAUCAAUGAUCGCAAGCUGUCCAGGCCCUGAGGCAGGAAAGCAGCCCCAAACCAUGAUGCUCCCUCCACCAUACUUUACAGUUGGGAUGAGGUUUGAUGUUGGUGUGUUGUGCCUUUUUCUCCACAUAGUGUUAUGUUCUGUCCGUCCGUCCAAACAACUCAACUUUGGUUUAAUCUGUUCACCGAAUAUUUAGCCAGUAGCGCUGUGGAACAUCCAAGUGCUCUUUUGCUAACUUUAGACAUGUUGCAAUGUUUUUUUUUGGACAGCAGUGGCUUCUUCCAUGGUAUCCACCCAUGAACACCAUUUUAGUUUAGUGUUUCACGGAUUGUUGACUCUGCAGAGUUGUUAGCAUGUUCCAGGGAUUUCUGUAAGUAUUUAGCUGACACUCUAGUAUUCUUAACCUCAUUGAGUAUUCUGCACUGUGCUCUUGCAGUCAUCUUUGCAGGACUGACACUCCUAGGGAGAGUAGUAAGUGCUGAACUUUCUCCAUUUAUAGACUAUUUGUCUUACCUUGGACUGAUGAUCAAGGCUCUGAGAUACUUUUGUAACCCAUUCCAGCUUUAUGCAAGUCAAUGAUUCUUAAUAUUUUGAGAGCUCCAUUGUUCAAGCUAUGGUUAACAUCAGUCAAUUCUUGUGAAUAGCAAAACUCUAAUUGUGAGGUAAAUUUUUAAUAGGGCAGCUCUAACCAACAUCUCCAAUCUCUCAUUGAUUGGACUCCAGUUAGCUUUUGAAGUCUUUAGCCUAGGGGUUCACAUACUUUUUCCAACCGACACUGAAUGUUUCAAUGUAUUUUUGUCUAUAUUGAAUACAAUAUUUUGUGUUAGUUUAAGCACCGUGUUUGUCUUGACUUAAAUUAAUAGAUCAAAUGUAUGCAGAAAUACAGGUAAUUCCAAAGGGUUCACAGUGACAUUUGGGUCGUGCAAUCUGCCAUGUUCUGUAUCGGGCUAAUUGUCACUGAGUUUUAAUCAAGUAGGCCUAAUUUUAGUAGAGCAAUGCAUUUGUUUUUAAUUUGGUCUUUUCUCAUACAGCUUUGUAGCUUGAGCCCAUCUUUCAAAUCCUAAAUGACCCAUGUCAGCAGUUCUGGUAGGUCCGUGAUUGUCUAGGUUGAGGGGAAUUUCUGAUUAAUCCAGAACAAGGUCUGUGAAACCACUGAAGGUAACAUGAAUGAGUUGUUUUCAGAGUGUGUAAAUUGUAAGUUUACUGCAAUAAAAUGUCAAACUUUA